ACUGCAGACGUAAACAGUCAGUAGCAAAAUGUUUCUCGUGAUUAUAAGUCUAGUGGCAGUGGCUGCCGCACAAGUCGCUUCGCCAUAUCCCCCAUACGCCCCCCAUAGCACAACCAAACAAGGCCAAACUUCGGGCCUCAACGAUGGAGGUUUCCUAUCUGGUUUCUCCGAGCAGAUGGAGCAGCUCGGCCGCGACAUGCAACACUUGCAACUAGAACUCGCGAAGGUCACUCCUACCAUAGAGACCACGCAGACCCAAUACAUAGUAACAUACCAAUUACCAGGAUUUCAUAAAGAAGACAUCGAGGUGAAAAUCAAGGAAGGCAUGUUGGUUGUGGAAGCUGUCCAGAGAAAUGGCAUGCGAACCAGGAGUCAGACCAAUAUGAGGAAUUUGCCUGAAUAUGUGAACCGGAAUGGUUCGUGGGCGUUUAUUGGUGAGAUAUUGAGGAUCGUGUUUCCGUUGAAGAUUAACAAUGAACAACCAAACAUGAACUGGAGUAGAGGUCAAAAUGUUGGUAAUACCCAGGGUACAGGACAGGCUCCAGUUGGAAAUACAAAUAUGAAUACGAAUGAACCAAAAAAACAUGCAAUACAGUCAAUGAACAAUUAAAUUUGGAAUGACCGCGAUCAAUAUUUAUCUUCUGCUCUUCAUUCAAAUCCUAAAGGUAUAUUAAAUAUGAUUUCUUUAACAAAAGUUGCACGUAUAUAUAGUUUACGUAUUCUGUUCAAAUUGAGAAUACUACAAAUUAAACCUGCGUUACAGGUCAUUUAACUAAUAAUUAGAAUAGAAACAAACCAAUUUGACUCACUGGAUCUACUGGGUUGCAUUGGUAAAUCAUCUCACUGAGUUUUUUAUACUGUGGAUGAUUUCUUAGCUUUACGCAUUUUUUUUUAGUUAUACUUUGUUAAUUUCUCUUCCGAAGUUUCGAAGACUUUGUAGCCUGUGCAGUCACAGGGCGGACUGAAAAUUAAACGAAGUAUCGCAAAAAAGUGUG